GGUUAGAACGCCGUCGUUUUCAUAAAAAGAUUUUGUUUUAAUGUCUUUCGUCCUGGUAUGUAUGCAAACAACAAAUCGACACUGAUUACCUCUCUCAUCCUUGCAUCCAACACCAAUCCAAGAUCUGAACUUCGUGAUAUUAAAGUGUAAUUUUUGUCAUAAUUAUUGCAGAUCUAUCGUCAUGGAUUUCAUGAAGGUCAUCGAUCAGACAGUUCGUGAAAUAAAGAGAGAAGUAAAUUUGAAGGUUUUGAAGGUUCCGGAGAUCGAACAGAAGGUAUUGGAUGCGACAGAUAAUGAACCUUGGGGUCCUCAUGGCACUGCAUUGGCUGAAAUAGCACAGGCCACUAAGAAAUUUAGCUCUGAGUGUCAGUUAGUGAUGAAUGUUCUGUGGACAAGAUUGGGAGAAACUGGCAAGGACUGGCGUUAUGUUUACAAGGCAUUAGCUGUUAUAGAAUAUUUGGUUUCCCAUGGAUCCGAACGUGCCGUAGAUGACAUAAUAGAACAUACUUUCCAGAUAUCAUCUUUAUCAAGUUUUGAGUAUGUUGAACCAAGUGGGAAGGAUAUGGGGAUUAAUGUGCGGAAGAAGGCAGAGAACAUAGUGGCUCUUCUAAACAACAAAGAUAAAAUACAAGAAGUUAGAACUAAAGCUGCCGCAAAUCGUGAAAAGUACUUUGGACUUUCAUCUUCUGGAAUAACAUAUAAGACUGGCUCAGACUCCUCUUAUGGUAGUGGAGGCUUUCAGAGUAGUGAUCGAUAUGGAGGUUUUAAGGAGGAUAGUUAUAAAGAAAGGGAUCGAUAUGGAGAGGAAUUGUUUGAAAAGGAUACCUAUGGAAAUUCACGCCGAGGGGAUGCAAGUGAAAAUCAAGAGAGCACCUUGAAGAGGAAGGGGUCUUUGCGAAAGGGUCAAGAUAAUAUUUCAUCCAACACAUCAAAAUCAACAACAAAAUCAAACGACUCAAAUAAUUACAGUUCAAUUCCUUUACAAAGAUCAAGCGUUCCAUCAAAUAAUGAUGAUGAUGAUUUUGAUCCUCGUGGGCUUUCUAGUAACAAACCAGCUGCUGGAAGCUCUAAACAAGUGGAUCUAUUUGGAGACAGUUUGAUUGGUGACCUUAUGGAUGCACCAACUUCUGCUCCUGCAGAAACAUCUGCAAUGAAUGGCAAUUCCAUGGAGGUUGAUCUUUUUGCUGAUGCAGAUUUUGUAUCAGCAAAACCUCAGCCAGAAACAGGAGCAAGUUCUGAGGCUAAGACUGAGGUUGAUCUAUUUGCUUCGCAACCUGCCAUGUCAUCUCCGGUUCCUCCACCAGUUGAUUUUUUUGCCACCUCUGAGCCAGUUGUGCAGCCACCAGCCAAGCCUUCAAAUCCAGAACCAACAUAUAUUAACAUUGUUGAUCCAUUUGCUGCAGUUCCACUAAAUAAUUUUGAUGGAUCUGAUGUUUUCGGUGCUUUCACUUCUAACUCCAAUUCAGUACCUACUGAAGCCACGCAAAAUACUACAAGUGAUUCCAGUCUUAACAACUCGGGUGUAAAGUCUUCAUCAGCCGCAGCUACUCAAACUAAAAAGGAAGCUUUCCAAGUGAAAUCUGGAAUAUGGGCAGAUUCACUAAGUCGUGGAAUAAUUGAUCUGAAUAUAUCUGCUCCCAAGAAGGUUUCAUUGGUUGAUGUUGGUAUUGUGGGUGGACUGAGUGAUGGGGCAGACGAAAUGGCAAAGGGCCCUCCUACUUCAUUUCACAUGGGAAGAGCAAUGGGCACUGGGUCUGGCCUCGGUAGAUCUGGGUUUACAUCUUCACAGGCAACAGUGGAAGAUGACUUGUUCUCAAACCUUGGCAGCCAACAAUAUCAAUUCGGUGGCAGCUUCAAAAAGUAAAUUUUGAUUUUUGGUUCAUGUAACCAGUGCAUUCUUCUCAACAUUCUUUUGCUCGCUUGGCUAAGGUAUUUGAGGUGUUGAGCGUAUUCGUGUGCUUAAUUGUUCUUGUUCGUAAAUGCAUGAAAAACAAUAUGGUGACUUAAUUAUUGCAUGAUCAUAAGGAGAGACUUUGGUGUGUUGCUGUAUGUUAAAUUUAAUUGGCGAGUUAUUCUAUGUAAAAGUACCGUAAAGUCCUGAUGGCCCAGUUUAUUAAUUUUUCUAAAAAAUUCAUGCCAACUUGGCUACUUAAACAA